CAUCAGACUAAAAAGACACCCAGAGCGUACUAUUACAAGUCUACAAUAUGGCAUCUCCUCCUCCGGCCACCGUGAUCCAUAUGUCUUCUCAUACCAACGGGGAGCCGACGACAUCACCAACGAUCGGCACCGCCCCACAGACGCCUAACGCAGCCGAUGACUCAAUAGCCAUACCAAUGGCAGCCAGCCCCGGGACAGUCACAGACAAGGUGAUGUCAAGCGCGUCAAACCUAGCGCAGCUCCUGCCGACGGGUACGGUGUUGGCGUACCAGGCGCUGUCCCCGUCCUUCACUAACCACGGGACAUGCCUUCCCUCCAACAAGUGGCUCACGGCCGCGAUGGUCACCAUACUGGCCGCCUUAUCCCUCUUCUUCUCCUUCACCGACAGCAUCGUUGGCCGCGACCGCAAGCUCUACUACGGCGUGGCCACGCUACACGGCUUCAACGUGUUCAACUUCUCCGGGGAGGAGGAGAAGAGGGAGUGGGCACUCGGCGAGCUCCAGAGGCUGCGCCUCCGGCCGUUAGACUACGUGCACGCCUUCUUCACUGCCGUGGUGUUCCUCACCGUGGCAUUCAGCGACGCAGGGCUGCAGAGGUGCUUCUUCCCCAGCGCUAGUCCCAACACCAAGGAGCUGCUGACGAACCUGCCGCUGGGGAUGGCGUUCCUGUCGAGCUUUUUGUUCAUGAUCUUCCCAUCGAAAAGGAAGGGCAUCGGAUACAAUGACACCACUCCUUACCAGAAGGCCGCAUGAGGUCACUUAGAACAUGAGACCCGGGACUUUAGUUAUGAUUACUUGUAUUGGUUAUUUGGUUACCUUGUUCGUGGCAAAAUUGUAGGUCAUAUCCUUGUAUAUGGGCUGAUGGAUGUAGUGAUUCUUUUAGUAUAUAAACAGGUGGAAGAAAUGGAGGCUAUAAAGACCAUAUAUACGGUCGAAUUAAGUGGUCUGGAUUUUGUAUAAUUACUAUUGUGUUCUUGUGUGAAAAUUAAAAAAAAAAACGAUUACAGCUA